AGGUUCUAACUCUGGAAGAAAUCUACACUGAACUAGAAGUCUUGAAUACUCUUUCAACAGCUUUAAAUGAUCUAGAUGCUCUUAUCCAAGCAGGGAGAAGGCAAAGACAAGCUGUAAAUGACCCCACCUCAUGCGAUGAAAUAUUGAAAUAUAUGGACACUGUGAAAUCAUUAGUAAACUCUAAUCCUAAGAAUGCGAUCCAUUAUGUCAACGCAAUCAAGAGAGCUUACCCUUCGGUCAAGCCAUGCACCGGAGUCAGGGAAAAAAUUUCAGAAUCAAUCCUAAAGGUAAAAGGAAGAACUGUAGAACUUAAAGAAAAACUUAAAGUUUUUACAACAAAAGCACCUACUACAGUAACAUAUGUAAAUCCAACAACAGUAGCACCUACUACAGUAACAACUGUAGAACCAACAACAGUAGUACCUACAAAAGUAACAACUGUAGAACCAACAACAGAAGCACCUACUACAGUAACAACUGUAGAAUCAACAACAGAAGAACCUACUACAGUAACAACUGAAGAAUCAACAACAAAAGCACCUACUACAAUAACAACUGUAGAAUCAACAACAGAAUCACCUACUACAGUAACAACUGUGAAAUCAACAACAGAGGCACCUACUAAAAUAACAUAUGUAGAAUCAACAACAGAAGCACCUACUACAGUAACAACUGUAGAACCAACAACAGAAGCACCUACUACAGUAACAACUGUAGAAUCAACAACAGAAGCACCUACUACAAUAACAACUGAGGAAUCAACAACAGAAGCACCUACUGCAGUAACAACUGUUGAACCAACAACAGAAGCACCUACUACAGAACCAACAACAGUAGAACCUACUACAGUAACAACUGUAGAACCAACAACAGAAGCACCUACUACAGUAACAACUGUAGAACCAACAACAGAAGCACCUACUACAGUAACAACUGUAGAAUCAAAAACAGAAGCACCUACUACAGUAACAACUUUAAAAUCAACAACAGAAGUACCUACUACAGUAACAACCGUGGAAUCAACAACAGAAGUACCUACUACAGUAACAACUGUAGAAUCAACAACAGAAGCACCUACUACAGUAACAACUGUAGAAUCAACUACAGAAGGACCUACAACAGAAGUACCUACUACAGUAACAACUGUAGAACCAACAACAGAAGCACCUACUACUGUAACUACUGAAAAAUCAACUACAGAAGUACAUACAACAGUAACAACUGUAGAAUCAACGACAGAAGCACCUACUACUGUAACAACAGAGCCAUCUAGUACAGUAACAACAGAAGUACCCUCUACAGUAACAACUGAAUCACCUACUACAGUUACGACUAAACAACCUACUGCAAAAAUAACUGAACCAUCUACAACAGUAACAACAGAACCACUUACUACAGAACCAACAAUAGAAGCACCUACUACAGUAACAAGUGUUGAACCAACAACAGAAGCACCUACUACAGUAACAACUGUGGAAUCAACAACAGUAGCACUUACUACAGUAACAACUGUAGAAUCAACAACAGAAGCACCUACUACAAUAACAACUGUGGAAUCAACAACAGAAGCACCUACUACAAUAACAACUGUGGAAUCAACAACAGAGGCACCUACUACAAUAACAACUGUGGAAUCAACAACAGAAUCACCUACUAAAGUAACAACUGUAGAAUCAACAACAGAAUCACCUACUACAAUAACAACUGUAGAACCAACAACAGAAGCACCUACUACAGUAACAACUGUGGAAUCAACAACAGAAGCACCUACUACAGUAACAACUGUAGAAUCAACAACAGAAUCACCUACUACAAUAACAACUGUGGAAUCAACAACAGAGGCACCUACUACAAUAACAACUGUGGAAUCAACAACAGAGGCACCUACUACAAUUACUGUGGAAUCAACAACAGAAUCACUUACUACAGUAACAACUGUAGAAUCAUCUACAGAAGCACCUACCACUGUUACAACUGUAGAAUCAACAACAGAAGCACCUACUACAGUAACAACUGCAGAAUCAACAACAGAAGCACCUACUUCAGCUGCUACAACAACUGAAGCUGCUACAACAACUGAAGCUGCUACAACAACUGAAGCUGCUACAACAACUGAAGCUUCUACAACAACUGAAGCUACUACAACAACUGAAGCUGCUACAACAACUGAAGUAUCAGCUUCAGAAUCAACAACCACAAUGUUAGCAACAACAACAGCAUUAUUUGUUGAAACAGCACAAGAGGUUGAGCAACAGAUUAAGCAAGUAGAGCAGGAAAUUGUGAUUGUGAAUUCAUUAUCAUCUGCCCUGACUGAAUUGAAUGAAAUGCUACCUGCAGACAGAAGAAGACGAUUGCGAUCAAUUGUUGUUCCCGAUACAUGCGAAAAAAUGAAGGAAUACAUAGAAAAAGUGAAAUUUUUAACAGCUUCAGCGCCUCAGCAAGCUCUGGAGUUUGUGGUUGCUGUUAAAGAAGCAGUUGUAAACAAGGUUCCAUGUAACGGACUUAAAUCAUCUGUAAGUGCAGCUAAACAAGUUGUAGAAGAAAGAAAGGCUAUUGUACUUGAGAAAAAAUCUAAAUUAGAAGUUAAACUUACCUUGAUUAAAGCAGCUGAACAAACAACUUCUGCUGAACCAAGUGCUAAACAAACUUCUAAACAAACAUCAGCUUCUACUACAACUGAAGCUGCUACUACAACUGAAGCUGCUACAACAACUGAAGCUGCUACAACAACUAAAGCCGCUGUUACAACUGGAACUUCUACUAUGACUGAUGCUGUUACAAAAACUGAAGCUGCUACAACAACUGACGCUGCUAAUACAAUUGAUGCUGCUACAACAACUGAAGCGGCUACUACAACUGAAGCUGCUACAACUGAUGCUGCUACAACAUCUAAAGCUGCUACAACAACUGAAGCUGCUACUACAACUGAAGCUGUUACUACUGAAGCUGUUACUAAAACUGAAACUUUUACUAUGACGAAUGCUGCUACAAAAACUGAAGCAGCUCCAACAACUGAUGAUGCUUCAACAUCUGAUGCCACUACAACAACAGAAGCUGCUACAACAACCGAAGCUGCUACAACAAUUGAAGCUGCUACUACAACUAAAGCUGCUACUACAACUGAAGCUAAUACUACAACUGAAGCUGCUACAAGAACAGAAGAUGCUACAAAAAUAGAAACUGCUACCACAACUGAAGCUUCUACAAUAACAAAAGCCUCUACAACAACUGAAGCUGCUACAACAACUAAAGCCGCUAUUACAACUGAAGCUUCUACAACUGAAGCUGUUACUACUGAAGCUGGUACUAAAACUGAAACUUCUACUAUGACGAAUUCUGCUACAAAAACUGAAGCUGCUACAAUAACUGAUGAUGCUUCAACAUCUGAUGCCGCUACAACAACAGAUGCUGCUACUACAACUGAAGCUGCUACAACAACUGAUGCUGCUACAACAUCUGAAGCAGGUACAACAAUUGAUGAUGCAACAACAACCGAAGCUGCUACAACAAUUGAAGCUGCUACUAUAAAUGAAGCUGCUACUACAACUGAAGCUGCUACUACAACUGAAGCUGCUACUACAACUGAAGCUGCUACUACAACUGAAGCUGCUACUACAAUUGAAGCUACUACUACAACUGAAACUGCUACAUCAACGGAAGCUGCAACAACAAUUGAAGCUGCUACUACAACUGAAGCUGCUACUACAACUGAAGCUGCUACUACAACUGAAGCAGCAACAACAACUGAAGCUGCUACUACAACUGAAGCUGCUACAACAACUGAAGCUGCUACAACAAUUGAAGCUGCUACUACAACUGAAGCUGCUACNGCGGCCACAACAACUGAAGCUGCCACAACAACUGAAGCUGAUACAACAACUGAAGCUGCAACAACAACUGAUGCUGCUACAACAACAGAAGCUGCUACCACAACUGAAGCUGCCACAACAACUGAAGCUGCAACAACAACUGAGGCUGCCACUACAACAAUUCCGAUGGGAGAAACCACCGUAGAUCUUACAGAUUCUGCUACAACAACUGCAGCUUAAUACCAAACCUUUGUCAUCUGAAAGAAGAAAAUAUUGGAAAAAGCAAUUAAAGAUUUUAAAAUUGUGUUUAAGUUUAAUAUAUUCAAUUAUUGGCCUUAAAUAUUUAUUGUUUUUGUUUUUCUUUAAAAUUGGAUUAUUCAGUUUUGUUUUAACUCACAAAAAUGUGCGCACCUUUUAUCUUAGCUUUUGGUUUUGCUUGUUUUUUAUGUUUAUUUUGAUCAUCUAUGAAUAGCAAAAAAUUGGACCCCGAUCGAUUCAGCUGUUUGAACGCUUUUGGUUACAUAAGAACACAUAUACAAACACCCAAGCCAAGGAACUCAAACAGACAAGCCAGGGAACUCAAACAGACAAGCCAAGGAACUCAAACAGACAAGCCAGGGAACUCAAA